GUCGAGCCGGCCCGGGGCCGCCUAGCGGAUAGCGGUCCCGAGGAGGGCGGCGUCCGGCUCAGGGAUGCUUUGUCGCGGCGGCGUCCGGUUUGCAGAAGGCCUGGGCUUUCGGCCGAGGGUCUGGAAGUGGGCGCUUUAAAGAGCGUCCUGGGUCGCUGAUGCCACCCCGCCAACCCGGGAGUCCCCGUGUGCCCGAUCCAUGACGCUCCCUCUGCGGACUGAGCCGGCUUCAGAAGUUUCGGCCGCUGCGGUCUCCGGGGCGUUGUUCUUAACUCCCAGAGCGAUCGGCUCCCUUGCACCCUUUGGCACAGUCGUCUGUGUUUUGAAUCAAGGGAGUUGACUUUUCUUGCCCUGAGUUGAUCUCGUUCGACACGAUGGGUUUCGUUUUGGAGAUUUCAAACCGAAGCUCUCGCGAAGGGGAAUGUAUUUAAUGGAAACAAAUAACUCAUUUUGAGAAAACCAUGGCAAAAUCAACCCCCAAACACAGACGUUGUUCUCGGGAGUCUUCAGUUUCCUCUCUCCUGGCAAGCUGCAGCCUGAGCGGCAGUAGCUCCCCCAACUCUGGUGGCUCCUUUCGGUAUAAGGACAGAUUGUACAGUUCGGCUUCUGAGGCGUUACAGGCCUACAUUGAUGAUUUUGAUCUACGCAGAGAAUAUCCUGCAGCGAACCCUGGCAGAGCAAAGACUGAUGGAACGUCUGGUAACAUGCCGCGGUUUUCCAGCUAUGUGCAUCAACCGACUGACGCUUUUGAAAACCUUGAUCACAAGCAGCACUUAAACUCCUUGGCCUAUAGAAGGGAGACGAUCACUGAUAUGGACACCGUCAGCCUUACAACUGAUGAUUUGUUAAGACUGCCAGCGGACGGCUCUUUUUCCUUCACUUGUGUUGUCCCUGGUCACCGACCAAGCAAGAGAAACAAGAAAUACAUUGGUAGACGGGAUUUGUCGGACGUUAAAAAGAAGCCAAGUUUUCAUGUAGCCUCUACUCCCAAGAGCAAGGAUAACGUAGUUACUUCUGAUGUAUAUACAGAUGUAAAUGGAAAGAAAUGUGGUAGGCCCAGAACCCCCAAACCAAUGACUACAAAUAAUAAAUGUGCUUUGGAGUCAUCUUUAUCCUUUCCUAAGGAAUCAUCUUUCAAGGACUGUUCAAAGUAUGGUCCUGAAAAGAACUAUCCAAGAUGGCUCACGAGCCAGAAAUCUGAUCUUAAUGUCUCAGGGGUAACUAGUAUACCUGAUUUUAAGUAUCCAAUUUGGCUCCACAGUCAAGACUUGUUACCUGAUGGAAAUACUCAGAGGGUUUCUAAGUUACUUAAUGAAGAUGCAUACUCCCCCGUGCAUAGUCACCAGACACAAAGAGCUCCUCCGCCUACACAUAGAGUAGAUGGCUUUGAAUAUUCUUUUCAACCUCCAAACUUUACAGAUUCCAUCAGUGAGAAUAAAGGAUUAGUUAAUGAAUAUAAAUACGAUCCUGAAAAUAGCCAGUGUCAGUGUGAGAAUCCACUUCUCCCAGGACAAUCCCCAAAGCCAUUCUGUGGUGACAAAAUCGAAUUGCUUAUCCUGAAGGCUAAGAAGACUCUCAGGCAGCCUCCUGACGACCUGCCAAAGCCUGUGGUGAAGGAUGACAGCCCUUGCUCCUUAGAUAAACUUGAAGCAGAACGAUCAUGGGAAAAUGUCCCUGUUACUUUCAAAUCUCCUGUCCCUGUUAAAGCCGAUGACAGUCCUCAGCAAAGUUCCAGGAUGCAGUGUAUUAGUGAGAUUCUUGAGGACGUUUUAAGUGAUGGGAAGCAGAGCUCUACCCUAUCUGGGGGCAAACAUCAUGGUCCUGUUGAAGCCUUGAAACAAAUGUUAUUUAACCUUCAAGCAGUACAAGAAAGUUUUAAUCAGAAUAAAAAUAUGGAGCCAGAAGAAGAGAUUAAACAAGUAUCAGAGGAUGAUUUCUCUAAACUACAAUUGGAGGAAAAUAUGCUUCCGAUUACUAGGUCUCUUCAAAAGGCCUUACAACACUUAUCACGCCUGAGAGACUUGGUCGAUGACACCAGUGGGAAACAGUCACCAAAAAUGUGAAGUGGAAAAUAAAGCUUUAACCCCAGUAAACAGUCACCAUACAGCUCAAUAUGUACUUUUACCGUUACAUACAGUAGCAAAGUAUAUAUAAGCCAUAUAUUUUCCUAUGGCUACAUCAAGUGUAUUUCUAAAAAUCUAAACUUGGAAAUAUUUAUAGGCCUAAUUUUAUACAGAACUGGAAAACACUAAGGUAUGUUCCGAAGUAACACUUGGAUCUUCUGACCAGAAAAUAUUUAAUACUCAAAAGUGGACAAUUUCCUUUCCUGCCAUUCAUCUGGACCCAGCUUUUAUUGACAGUCUUAUCAUUUGUCAUUUAGUCUUUGUUUGAUGUUAAGGAGCUCUUUAACCUCUAUCUUAAUUUUAUAUUUGUGUGUAUACUAAAUAUAUUUAAGCAGUUUAAGGAAUACCUUAAAUUGUUGUGUCAUAUGGGAUUUUGUCACUUCUAAGCUUUCAUAAAUUUAAUAUUUAGGAUGUUAUAUUUGUAAAUGACAUUGAUUUCUAAUAGUUGGUGACUCCAUGCUAAUGGAAUGUUCUUUGUGAUACUACAGAACCUUCCUAUUUAAUUAAUACUUCUGAUUCUUUGUAGAUAAUCUUGAUAAUACUUAACAGUUCACACAUCGUUUUAGGGUAUAUUUGAGAAUUUAAUAUUUGUUAUGUGAUUAUUGUCUAGAUUUUAGUUUUAGAUUAAUUCUAAUCUAUUAAAAGCUGUAAUUUUAUGACAAAUGUAAAACUAAACAAGAAAUGAGUGUGGAAAAUCCAGAAACGAUUGUAAUAGAGAGUUGUCCAAAUUUGUCUCUAGAUGGAACUGAACAGAGCUGUGUUUUGCAGUUUCUAUUAGUGAGUAUAUUUAUAAUAUAUUAAUAUUUAUAAGUAGAAAAGAUCUGCAUCAAUGAGGCUAAAAUUAUGUAAUGUCACAUAACUAGUGCAUUUAAAAGCAACAAAAUUAAAGAACGCUUAUGAUCAAGUACUACAAGUUAA